AUUUACUUCGAUUAAUAAUAUAAUAAUAUAGCAUUUCGCCGCUUUUAAUAUUAGAUUUUUUUGGCCCGUCGUCUCCGCUUCGUCUCGUCCCGUCUCACCGCGGCCAGUCCACCACCACCGCCACAACAACCAGCAGCUCGCCGCAAUCCCUCGCCGGAGAAGCCCUCCCGCGUUAGACGCCGCAGAGGAGGAAGAGCAGGAAUGGGGAGGACUGGAGGGAUGCCCGCCGCCGCGCUCGCUCUCUAGGGUUAGUUGCGCCCGUCCUAGAGAGGUGGAGCUCACUAUCUGAGCUCGGCUCGGCUCCCCUGUGGGGGCAUUAGUUGCGCGGUCGGUGCGCGCCCCGUGAUCCGCCCGUCUGUGAACUCCGGUAAGGGGGGAGCUGCUUUGGCUUGCGCCAUGGAGCCGUCUCCUCCGCGCGCGGCCAUGGUUGCGUGUUCGCGUUAAGCUGCAGGCUGUGGCGAGCGGGAGGGGAUCUCGGCUGCCGAUCUGGUCCGUGCCAACGAGCCAGCAGGAUUCCAACUAGAGCCAUGGAGCAGAGGCACCACAUGCCCACAUUCCACCUCCCUGCGGAGUCCGAAUCCUCCCUGCCCCACGAGAGGCCAGUUGGACCUUUGAGGCAGGAAUCUUUUCCUGGGCAUGUUGAAAGGUUUUCAUUGACUUGGGGAAGCAAGUCUGUUGCAUCUUCUCCAGUUGAUAAGCUCAACCCCGUUGGUGCAGAGGUUGUGAAUCAGUUAGAACUUAUGGAACCAUACAAGUUGAUGGACCAGAAAACUUCCUUUGGUGAGCACAAGUUGCUGGGCCAACAAAGGCAUGCAAACCUGCCCCCAACCGCCUGGAGAGCUGAUCAAGAUCCUGCAGAACAGCAUGAUUCAUUUUCGAAGCCAUUGGCUUUAUUUCCUCAUGUUAGGAAGGGACAUUUAAGUGCGAUCCAUUAUGAGAAUGGGCUUUUCUCAAGCUCCCUUCCAGACAUUUUUGACAAGAAAUUGAGACUAACAUCACAGAAUGGACUUGUUGGUCAGCCUGUCGAAAAGGAACUCAACAAUGUUGAUGACGAGCCUUUUGAGUUAACUCAGGAAAUUGAGGCACAAGUAAUUGGCAAUCUGCUCCCUAAUGACGAUGACUUAUUAUCAGGUGUUCUUGACAAUGUGGGGUACCCUGCCUGUGCUAAUAACAGGGAUGACAUGGAUGAUGACAUAUUCUAUACUGGAGGUGGAAUGGAAUUGGAAACUGAUGAUAAUAAUAACAAACUGUUAAAACUUAACAGUAUAGCCAGCAACGGUCAGACUGGGUUAAAUGGCAUACUGUCUGGCGAAAACCCAUACGGGGAACACCCCUCGAGAACCCUCUUUAUUAGAAACAUCGAUGGUAUUGUUGAGGACUCUGAAUUGGAACUCCUAUUUCAGAAAUAUGGAGAAAUCCAAACUCUUUACACUGCCUGCAAACAUCAUGGUUUUGUGAUGGUAUCUUACUAUGAUAUAAGAUCGGCAGAAACGGCCAUGAAGGCACUUCAAAGCAAGCCAUUUAGGAACUGGAAACUUGACAUACAUUACUCUGUCCCAAAGGAGAAUACAUUAGAGAAAGAUAAUAACCAGGGCACACUUGCCGUGUUUAACCUUGACCCGUCUGUAACUAAUGAUGAUCUUCGUCAUAUAUUUGGUGGCUAUGGUAAAAUCAAGGAGAUUCAUGAGACUUCACAACAGGGUCAUCACAAAUACAUAGAGUUUUAUGAUGUCAGAGCAGCUGAAGCUGCACUUUAUGUGUUAAAUAGGAGCGAUAUUGCAGGAAAGACAAUCAAAUUGGUGCCCUGCUGCGUGGGAGACACUAAACGGUUUCUUCAUAACAGUUUGAUGCAGCAUAGGCCUCCUGGGUUGGAGCCGGAAGACUUUGGUGUAUGCAAACCAGGAAAUGCAACUAGUCCGCUGACAAAUUACUAUGGUUCGGUCAACAUGGCAUCCACUGGCCCUGAACAUGGGAUUUCUCGGGUUGUACGUACCAGAGUUCAGCCGCCAAUAAACCAAUUUAGGGAGAGAAAUUUUCUGGAUAUUCCCUCAAUUACUCCGCAAAGCCAAAGCAUGUCCUCUCCUGUUAGAAUUGCAACUGCAGGAACACAUAAGAACCACUCUGCUCUUGGUGAGCAUGGUCAUUCACUUGGAAGGAUGAAUGGACACUUGAACUAUGGAUAUCAAGGGAUGGGAGCUUUUCAUCCUCAUUCACUUCCCGAGUUUGACAACAGCCAAAGUAAUUGUAUUCCUUACAACCUAAGCACAAUACCACCCAUUGGAGUUAAGAGCAAUUCUAGAACUGCUGACGGAAUUGAUAGCAGGCAUUUGUACAAAGUUUGUUCUGCUAACCUUAGCGGUCAUUCUUCUGGUCAUAGUGAAGCACUCGGGGUUUCAAGAACAGGAAGCUGCCCCCUCCAUGGCCACCAAGUAGCAUGGAAUAAUUCAAAUAACUCCCAUCAUCAUACCUCUUCUCCCAUGCUGUGGCCGAACUCGGGGCCAUUUAUCAAUAAUAUACCAUCUUGCCCUCCUACGCAAGUUCAUGGAAUUUCAAGAGCAUCUCGGAUGCUUGAAAAUGCCCUUCCAAUGAAUCAUCAUGUCGGUUCUGCACCAGCUGUCAAUCCAUCAAUCUGGGAUAGGAGACAUGGGUAUGCAGGGGAGCGGAUGGAAGUACCAAGCUUCCAUCCUGGGAGUGCUGGAAGCAGGGGUUUCCCUGGUAGUCCGCAUCUGCAUCAGUUGGAGCUCUCUAGUAUGUUUCCUCAGAGUAGAGGGAACCCAGCCAUGUCCCCAGCACAUAUUGGUGCUCGAUCUCCCCAGCAGAGGGGGCAUAUGUUUCAUGGAAGGAGUCAUAUAGGUCCCCUUCCAUCCUCAUUUGAUUCACCUGUUGAACGUACAAGGAGCCGAAGAAAUGAGUCAUGUGCUAACCAAUCUGAUAGCAAAAGGCAGUAUGAGCUUGACAUCGAGCGUAUAGCCUGUGGCGAGGAUUCUCGGACUACACUAAUGAUAAAGAAUAUCCCAAACAAGUAUACCUCAAAGAUGCUUUUGACUGCUAUUGAUGAAAAUCAUAGGGGAACUUAUGAUUUUAUCUACCUGCCAAUUGACUUUAAGAAUAAAUGCAAUGUGGGUUAUGCAUUCAUCAAUAUGAUUACUCCAGAGCAUAUUGUUCCAUUUUAUAAGAUAUUUCAUGGGAAAAGGUGGGAGAAAUUCAAUAGUGAGAAGGUGGCAUCACUUGCAUAUGCUAGAAUCCAAGGAAAAUCAGCUCUAAUUGCUCACUUCCAGAACUCAAGUUUGAUGAAUGAGGAUAAACGUUGCCGCCCUAUACUCUUCCACUCACAUGGUCCAAAUGCCGGAGAUCAAGAACCGUUCCCUCUGGGAACACACAUCCGUUCUAGGCCUGGGAGAUCCAGGAUUUUGAGCUGUGAAGACAGCCUAUCGACCUCCGCCAACAGUUGGACUCCCUCCAACGGAAGCAGACACACUUCAGGCUACCCAAAGGAGGCUGACCCGACCACAGCUUGAAGACUGAAGCACUAACCACAACAUCCAACCUUUUGACCGUUGCAAUCCCGAUUUCACAUUACCAUCCUUUCCCACCUUUUUGUUUUUUUCGGUCUGUAGCUAUUUUACUUCCAUGUCGUGGGUUAAUGGAGGCUCCCUAGUUGGCUGCAAAUUUUGUCGCUGACGAGAAGCAAGGGGAUGGACAAGAGGUUGAUCCCAGUUUCUCAUGAGCAUAUAUGCGUAUUAACUGAAGGCCGCUGAAUGUGAAACACCCAGGGAGAGCUCCGAGAUUUUGGACUUUUUAGGUAUAAUGCAGUGUUGUACAGGCGUUCCUAGUAAUAAUGCAUGGCCGGCGACAGCGAAAGCAGAACGACUUUAAUUUGUUUUGGUGCUGUUGUAUGAAAGGCAGGCGUUCCUAUUAAGAAUGUGCCCCCUUGCAUCUUUUGAAACUGGUUUGAUGUUAAUUUGUUAUGCUGAGGGAGCAUUAUUUUGUUUC